GUAACGUGCACCCAUUCACGUCUGCAUAACCAUGUCUUUCUUCUAUUCUAAUCGCUUCCUUGUAGCAGUACUUGUAGUAGCGCUCGGCACAGCAUGUUAUACGACGCCCGGUCUUCUGCAGCGGGUCAAAGAUGAAGCUCGCGCGCCCGAACCAGAACCUCCUCCUCCACGCAGACGUCUACAGAAAGACUCGGAGAAUGCUUUGAAGAUCGAAACCUUGCGCACGCUUGCAGACGGCUACAGCUUUGAACUACGCACCUCGGCCAUCAAGAUCGUCGCCAGCCGCACCGUCAAAUCCCAGACAAAAGACCUGCUAUUACGUGACUUGGCCAGCAAAGAUGACGAACGGCGCAACGAGGCCAUCAACGGCAUGUGGCUGCUGCUCUAUCAUCCCGCCUUGACAGAGAAGAACUAUGCCUCGGUAUUUGGCUCGAAAGGCAUCGUUGCCGCAGUGCGAGCACUCAUCAACGUGAUGCCACUGCACAACGUCCAAAGGCAGAGCCUCGAAGGUGGCCCGGGAAAACUCCCGCCCUCGCCCGUCUUACCGCCAGGCCGACCAGCACAAGAAGUCUCGCUGCUUAUUCUUCUGGGUCACUUGCUUGCAGAGGAAUCUGGCCGGAGUAGAACAGCCGACUAUCCGAUCAAAGCCGCCCUUAAGGCGGGCCUGGUGACCGAAUGGCUAGCGCACUACCCUUUUCCCUGUGCCUUGCCAGAGAACCAGUGCUUCAAUUUCAAACGAAGCGACACGGUGCGCCUAUUCGACCGCGAUAGAUGGAAGAUGGACGACCAACUCAUGGCAAGUGUGAUUUACCACGUGAUUAGACAUCCGCUGGGACGCAAACAGUUGGUCGAUGCCGGGCUGGACACUAGCAGAAAACACAGAGGUACGGCAGAUUCGAGCUUUGCAUGGAACUUCAGCCAAAUGAGACGCCCAGCGUGGGCCGCCGAUGCUCACGAUGACGAGGACACGCUCAUGUUCAACGGUAGAGACACGGCUGGGAUUGUCAACGACGAUCUUAAUGUCUGGGAGGAAGAGGGCACGACAUUCCUCCCUCCAGGUGUGAUUGCGCGGCAACGCUCGACCGAACGCAGUCAGGAGGAAGAUCUUCUACGGCGUCGACACCGUGAAGCAAUUGUCGUUGCGGAGCGAGGGGCGCCAUUGCGCAGAGAAAACAUCCUGCAAAGGAGCGACAGUAGGGUGUUGCAGCCGAUGAACGGCGUUAGUGGAGUCGAGGGUGCUCUUAAUGGGUUGUUGGGCCUGUCUGACGAGCACGGUGAGAGGACUCUGGAUCUCGUCGAGCCAGGACGGAGCAGUCGCACAACGGCAUCAUCAUCAGGAAUGGAUCAGGGUGCUGAGGCAGAAGCGUCGUUGGCUGAUGGGGUUGUCACGUCGGACGAAUUGCAUGAUUCACUGGAUGAGUUUAACAAUCUCUCUGAGUACGAGAGACAGGCGGCGCCAGAGGUUCUUGACGAGAUUGAUGAGAUGAUUGCGGCGGCGAUGAGUGAUCCUGAUGUUCAGGAGGCGAUCCAAACGGUUAGUACUCCGGCUUGGAGGGCGAGGCAGGCUUCUGGCGGUUCUAGCACAACUGUCGAAGACGACGAUGCGGAUGGCUCAUGAAACGAUCGUGGUGUUGGGCACAUACAGUGCGUCAUCGGGUAAUGCUUUAGUGGUCAGGUGUUACCUAGCGAGGCGUUCAGGGCUUUAGCGAUGGGUCAUGAAGGUCCCAUACCAGUGUAUGAAUAUUGACAGGACAGACGAUCAGUUCAAUACGGACGCAUUGCGUUUUCAGAUCAUAACAUCUGCUGCACUUGAUGAUUCGUGCUGGUCAAAUUCUUCCAUUAUCGAUUGCAGUCUGUGACCACCUUGGCUUGUCAUCUUCUGGCAUCUGGGUCUUGUGCCUUCUCAACCUGUGACCGACUUUCAUGACGGUCAUUGGAAGCGACUUCAGUCUACCUGGCCACCGCCACCUUUCCACAUCCCGUCGAUAAAACAGACAUACGCAAUCCCCUCGCAAUCCUUCUCCAAAUCGUCGGUUUACUUCAAUGGAAUGAAACGC